GCCAUUCAUUGACUCAGGUAAAUGUUAUGUGUCAAGUUUAAACAGCACUGUACACCGCUGUGUGUAAGACGAACGGGCCUGUUGACUUUGGACGCAUACCUUUGUAUUUUAUUUUAUGCAUAAGAAAUGGGCUGGAGAUAAGUUGCUAUUAGUCAUAUUAUCUUGUGUGUUCGUCGUUUUACGUUCGGCUCCAGUGAAGUGGAUGUGUGUAGACUCCUGUAUAACAGCUGUAUACAGGUAUAAGGUGUCAGUCAUUACCAGGUGGGUCCGGAAGUGUGAAGUGAAAUAUUUUGACAAUUUAAAUUACUGGAAUCAAAAUGUCGGAUCUUGACUCUGCUUUGGAGAAUCAAAACAAGAACGAAGAGUGUGUGAUACCGGAGAAUAUGAACACCGACUUUGCCGAAGCCGUAAAUCGAUUGGACGAAAUGAAGAUUGAGGAAGAUUUGGAGAUAUCAGAGGUGACUAAAAAUGACGAAGACCACGAGGAAGACGUUUCUGAUACACUGUCACAGGGGGCCCAGUCUUCGUCUUCUGAGGUCGCCGAGGACAAGGGAAGUGUGUGUAGUGGACAGGAGGGGUCUCCGGACGGUACUAAAUUAAAGAGCACACCCAAAAAGGAAUCAUCUGUAAAGGACAAAAAGCGGGGAGGAUCGGUAUUGGCCAAACUUAAGAAACUGACUAAAUUUGACAAAACCAAAAAUACGCCAUUGCCCACACCGUCCUCCAAGUUCCACACCAUCCGAGUUGACAAACUGCCACAGAUCUUCGUGGCCAAGUAUCUCGGGAAGAAAGAAGUGAAGGGCUUGUUCGGGCUCCAUCACGUUCGGAAACCUGUUGAUGAGCUGGUCAGGGUGGUUAAGGACGGGUUGUUGGCGAAUGAGAAGGUGGAGCUGCCGCUCACGUACGUGGUUAUUUCCGGUCGGGGGAUAGACAUCAGGGAGCACAAAUCAAACACUGUCAAAGACCAAACCUUGACUUACGGACUUAUCCCUAUUGAUUUCAUUUCCUACGGCGUCCAGGAUCUCAAAUAUUGGAAAGUGUUUACGUUUAUUGUGGUGAAUCAGCUUUCGUCAAGGACCAAAGAGACAGAAUGCCACGCGUAUCUGUGCGAUUCUGCGGCAAAUUGCCGACGGAUGGCGCUCUCGCUUGGCGCCUCGUUCAGUGUGUACAAACAGAAACUGGCCACUCAAGGAAAGGCACACAACUUUCAGGUGGAGCUGAGGCCACCAGAUGAACUAGCCGGUGAAUUUGGAAAAGAUGAUUGUGAAGCUUAAUUUAAUCAAUUUAUUAUAACAUAUUAACUUUAUAUAUGUGUUCAGGGUUAAGUUGUUGCAGUUAUGCAGUUUGCUUGCCAAUUUUUUGUUACAUGAAUACUGCAUAAUCGGCAUAUAGAGAAGUUAAAUUUUGAUUUAA